AUGCCAUUCAUUUCCAUGAAAGUACCUGCUAAAGGGGAUUCGGGUACAGAUAAAUCUUUAGAGUCUUCAUCCAAGGGAAACAGGAGGGGUUCCUCAUCACUUAAACAUACCUUUACUUCUAUCCUUAGAAGUGGGUCGAGUGGUGCGUCUUCGCAGCCAUCUAGCAGAGAGCAUAAUGUGCCAGUUUCUGCUUCGACACCGGGUAUCAGCAAUGCUCAGGAUGUAUUCUACCCUCAUGAUGCCUAUAACUCAUCCCCUUCCAAACGGAUCUCAAGAGACAAUAAUGAGCGUGUGAUAAAUGAGGACGACUUUGAUGAUGCAGAUGUUGAGUCUGACGGCUUUUUAUCUGAGUCUGAAGAUCUUCAGAGCUACUAUGGGUCUUUACCACCCAAGGCUUCGCCACAGACGUCUUCAGGUCAGAGAUACCUGAUAAAUUACUUAUCAGAAAGGGGUUUUCUACAGCCGAAGCUCCUAUCUUCUAAGAAUGGUGUUUCACUUUUUACCGCGACGUCCUCUGAAAUCAUAUUUCUUCCAACUAUAUCUUCGCAAGAUGACGAGUACCUAAGUCAUCUGGCUAUGUCAGGAGAGGCAGAUAUAGCCCUCGAACCAAGCAAUUCGCAGACACAGUUUUCAGACUCCGUAGGAGACGGUUCCUCGAUUGGAAGAGAAGCUAACAGCAGUCACGGAGGAUCGGAUGGAACGUCGUUAGGCUCAAACCACAGUCAGGGACUGGAUGCUGAUGGGAAAAAUGCUGUGUUUAAUAUCGCACUGAUUGUGUCACUUAAGCGUCCCAUUCGGUUAUCCACGAUCAAAGCACAGCUUUAUUCUAGAGCAAGAGUAUAUUGGCAAAAUGGAGUUCCACCUCAAAAAAAUUCAACCGAAGAGUAUUACAACGUUGGAGAACUCAAUUGGGAUCUUUCCAUUGACAACUUCAAUCUUUAUGUUCCGCAGCACAUAACGUCUAGUAAUUCAAUUGUUGAAAAACGUGAACAAGUUAUUAGUUCGCACCUUUUCAAAAAUAAGGAAAACCUGGAAACCCAAUCCUAUUUAGAGAAAAAGAAGUCGAAGCAAAACUUGAUUCAAUUACUGGAUGAAAAUCCAGAUCAACAUACUUUUCAAGCAGGGGAUUACGUCUUCCUUCUACCAAUUUUUUUCUCUAAUAAUAUUCCAGAAACAAUUUAUUUACCAUCCGGUCGUGUCAACUACAGCUUUCGUUGUGCUACGAAAAUAGGGACAAUGGAUUUAAAUGAUGAUUCGCAGAGCGAAAUGUCUGUUUCUUCUGGCUCGACAAGUACAAUCGGCUCAGAAGACCAUCAAAACGAUUCAUCGAGCCAUCUAAAAUUUCCUGGUAACAAGCUCCUGAGGAAGGUCAGAGAUCAUCUACAUAGCCAUCCAGACAAUGACCUCGUGGCAACUAAAAAUUUGAUUCAUGGUAAUUACUCAAUUCCAGUGGUAAGAAUCCCACCGGUAAUGUCGGUGUCAACGGCAGACAAGCCAGUGUACAUCAACAGAGUUUGGAAUGAAUCGCUUUCAUAUGAAGUUUCCCUUUCUAAAAAGUAUAUUCCAAUUGGGAGUGAUUUGCCAAUCAAAAUCAAGUUGGUACCAUUGGUAAAGAAAAUUUCCAUUAAAAGGCUGCGUGUUAGCGUUCUUGAAAAGAUUACAUUCGUCUCAAAGAAUCUUGAAUAUGAAUUUGAUCAGACAGAGGCUAUCUCUAAAGAUCCCUACAGUCCGUAUUACUCUGAAUUUGCUUGCAGACGGAAGCAGGAGCGAAUUCUUCCUCUGCUUGAAGUCAGAACCAAGGAGCGGGGCUCAAGAGCCAUUAGGGAAGAAGUUGUUGACAACAGCCGUUCUGAUAAUCUAUUGAGCUAUACGACUUGUCCUAGUACGUCACCAGAUAAAACACCAGUUGAAAUAGUUGAUCCUUUAACAAUUGAAACAACUAUUAGAUUUCCAAAAUAUUCGGUAUUGGAUAAGAGAACUUCAAGAAAUGUGCCCCCUUAUGGUGUCGAUGAGUUCACAACUGUUCACCAACAAUUGCCGACUUCAUCCUCCUCUCGUCGAGGAAGUACAGCAUCCGGUAUGAUUGGUCUCCUUUCCGGCCGUAGACCUAGCACUUCCUUUCGAUCCAGAAACAACUCUGUAAGUAAUGCGGAGGCAAUAGGGCCAUCGACGCGAUUCAAAAGUAGUUCAAAUAUGAAUGUGGAAUGGCAUACACGACUCAAUGACCCUAAAAGAGGCUUGUACCUAGACAGUGUCAAUUUCAAAAAUAUUCACGUCAAGCACAAGCUGGAGGUAAUGUUGCGUAUCAGCACGCCUGACACUGAAAGUGGAGGGGUGGAAAAGCACUAUGAGGUUUUAAUUGACACACCUAUUUUCCUCGUAUCAGAGUUAUGCACUAGCGACAAUAUUGAACUUCCAACAUAUGACAUGGCACUCAGGAAUCCAUCUAGCUUUGAUAACCUGCCUCCAACCUUCGAGCAGGCAAUUUCAGUGCCAGCAUCUCCUGUGGGAUCUCCUUUGGCUUCGCCAAUCGCGUCUCCUAAUCUGGUUGCUUCUUACGAUGAUGAGUUAUCUAUACAACAGCUGUCACUAUCUAGGGUUUCAACGCAGAAUGGAACCGAUCACGGCCCCCCUGAAAUACCUCCUCCUACUGGAAGGAGGUACAGUAACCUCGAUUAUCUGAUGAAUCAACCCGCAGGUGGCUCUGGAGACCGAUUUAUUUUCGGGGAUGGGUACCAGAUAAAUGAGCAGGGAAGAAAUAGGGAAGAAAAUGCAGUUCUAAGCGAUGAUGAGCCACCCAAGUAUGUAGAAUGA